AUGGAUCCUGGAAUGGGAUUCAGGCAGUCUGGAAACCUCCCCCAGCCAGCCCGGUCCUGGCCCUGCAGGUGUCAGGAGGGAGGGAUGAGGUGUGCACACCUGCACACAAGUGAGUGGGUGGCCCCGUGGGGGCCCGGGGCUCCUGGGGUUCAGCACUGCUCAGCAGUGGAGGGGGGUUCUCAACUGCUUGUCCCAAAUGUGCUUUUAGUGUCAUGUAAGAGGUUUUUAAGUUAUAUUUAUUUUGUGGGUUUUUCAAUUGCACAAAACACUAAGUCUGAGAGGCUGGAUGCUACUUCUCCUUUAAAGCUCUGCCUUCUUUCUGAACGCCUUUUCCCACCCAGUGGAAAGAACCCGGAUGUAGCCUUGGCCACUGUGCCCCUCCCCUCCCCACUCCCCAUGGACUCUUUCCACCGUUAG